AUUGUGUUACCUGAGGGGAGGGGAGCUUGCCUUGCGUAUAGUUUUUAUCUGAAUUAAACAAAUAAGCUAUAAAAUACAGUUAUUUGAUCCUGCUGAUUUGGCUUUGGACUCGAAACCGUGCUAAGGCCAGUGCUAAGGCCCUCCGUGCAGCGAACACACCUGGAUGCGACGAAAUAAACAAGCGAAGACACAACACAACAAAUUUUUGUGCGUUUGCAGCUGCCACAACUGUUUUGGAGUAACCAAAAUAAAUUGCCCAGAGCUGGUGCUCUAGUGCAGUGUGCGCGCACACCAAUUUGAGACGCAAACGCUCUGCUUUUAGGGAGCAGGGAGCGAAUCCCAUUGUUCUGCCUCGGCGACUAGUGACAUCGUUUUGCCCGGCAGCUGUGCUAAAAAUGGAGUGGACCAGGGAGAAGACACUGCAGCUCAUCGUCGAGUACCGGUGUCGUCGUGGCCUGUGGGACAUGACAUGUGACGAAUAUCGCAAGAAAGAAGUCAAGCAGAAGCUCUUGAACGAGGUCGGGCAGGCGCUUGGCGGGAACAUACCCACGAACGAGCUGGAGAAAAAGUUUCACACGCUGCGCACUCAAUACCACAGAGAAAUAAAUCGCAUGAAACGGAAGGAGCCGUACAACUCAAAGUGGUUUGGCUUCAAGAAUCUCGCGUUUCUCAGCUCGCCCUACGCCUGUCGCUCCACGAAGGGCCGCGUGAAGAUCGAAAUGCAGUCGGACGAGCGCAGCAGUCGGUCCAACGCGCUGGAGAAGCUCAUCGAGGAGACGACCAAGGAUGUCGACGAGGACCUCAUCGAUGAGUCGGAGCAGGAGGACAUGGAGGUCAAGCCGAAGCUGAGCAAAGAGAUAAACGUGCGCUAUGUCAGCCAUGUCCUGCACGAUGAAGAGCACGAAACGAUCGAGAGUCAUCAUCAGCAGUCGCUAAUGGAUAUACACGGGGAGCCUGUGGAAGCGGUCAGCUUUCAGGCCAAUGAGAAUGGAGAGCUCCACUACCAGUCGACUCCAGCGACGAACACUGCCAUAUCCAGUAACGCGGUGCACGUGCUCUCCGGUCGCAUCAUAAAGAUACCCAAGCGAGACGCCAACGCGGACACAGAUGGCGGCUACUACGACGAGCACCACCUGCACCCGCCGCCAGUCAAGCGCCUCUACUACGACACCAGCAACACUUCACACAACGCCACUAUAUUGGAAUCCACGCAAAAUGGCACGCCCGUGGUCAACAUACGCCUGCCGAAGGUCAACAAUGCAGGCAAUGCGCCCCUCCUGUCCAGCAAGGCGGGCACCUCGUCCCUCACCAGCCCAGCCUCACCGACGGUCGUGAACAUGCCGCCGCGCGACGAGUUCUCAACGUACGGCGAGUACGUGGCCAAUGAGUUGCGUGCCAUCACCAACCGGGAGAACCUCAUCGCACUCAAACACAAGAUCAACACGGUCAUAUUCGAGACAAACAUGGCCGAGUUUCAGAAAUAAUUCACACGAGAGCACAUCCCUUAGCUGCACUUUGACAAACUAAUUAUCUUACCUAGAGCUAGUGAGCUUUUAACUACAAUUUUAGACCUAUAUUUAAAUUAAAAGAUUGCAAUUGUCGUGUUCCCCCUCCGUCUACGCGUAGCCCUAUUUCAAUUUUACAUUUGAAUUUGUACAUUUAACACACACAGACAAAUAUGUAACAGUUUAAAUACAUAAGCCAAAUAUAUAAUUUAGUGGAAUAUUAA